AUGACCUGUUGCCCUCCGGACGGCGAAGAAACGUUUCUGAUGCCGCUGAAGAAGAGGAAACAUCUGCCGUGUCCGGGCGAUGGUCAGUCGCUGCGUGGAAAACGGUUCGAAACAGGCCCGAACAAGUGCGCCGCACCUAAGCCCCGCAGUCGUAGCGCAUGCGCUGAAGAAGUCUGCGACCAGGAGCCGAUGACCUGUCCCGACCCAUGCUUCGAGGACUCGGUAGAGUGGCAGUCGACCAAAUGUGCGGCGGCGGGCCUGUUCCGGGCGCUGGGCCAGCAUUAUGACCAACCUUGGUUUCCGACCGUGAUCAACGAGUGGUCAGCGCUGUACUACCAGUGCAACCAUGCGGCCGAUUACUGGUGUGCCCGGGACGAGUGGCUGGCCGGUGACGAGGAGGUCCGGCUGGCCGUAUGGUCCGAGGUGCUCAGGCAUCGGGAACAGCACGAAAGGCAGCUGGAUCAGCUGAACCGGGACGUAUUGUGUGACACCGGCAAGUGCAACCCAAACGCUGACCUGAUGGACGUGCACGACGUAUGCAACGCUGAGGUAAUGGAAUACCACGGAUGCCCGAACAUGGCCAGUGAUCGGUUUGACCUGCCACACAAGAAUGUAGAACAGUUCUGCGAGAAGGAUUUGCCAUCCAAUGACGAGAGGGCGCGGGCGGAAGCCGAGGCGGCUGAAAUAGCACUCGCAGACCCGGACGACGACCCUGAUUGGGUGCAGAUGCGGCGCAAGAUGCGUGGUUCUUUCGCGGCACUGAACGUGGCCCAAUGCGAAGUCAGUGCUGAGUUACUGGACCACAUCAUGAUCGAGCUGUGCAAGUACUGGGCCAACGCGCCUGCCUCUGAGCACUCCUGUCCCAUCGAUCCACAACUGGAGUGUAACAUUAUGCGAGAGAUACAAAACUUCCGGUUAAAACUAUUCGGUGUGGCCGUUGAGAUCGAACCGGAAUUACAGCAGUCAGGACCAGAUGAAUGUCAAGAGCCGGAACCUUGCAGAAAACCGAAAUCUUGUCGGAAGCAGGAACUGCGUCGGGAGCUAGAACCUUGUCGGACGCCAGAACCUUGUCGAAGGCCUGAACCUCGCCAGGAGCCUGACAAGUGUCCUCCAAAGGAACCGGACUCGUGUUGCCCAAAGAAACCGGACCUUUGUUGCCCACAGGAACCGGACCCUUGUUGCCCAAAGAAACCGGACCCUUGUUGCCCACAGGAACCGGACCCUUGUUGCCCAAAGAAACCGGACCUUUGUUGCCCACAGGAACCGGACCCUUGUUGCCCAAAGAAACCGGACCUUUGUUGCCCAGAGGAACCAGACCCUUGUUACCCACGGAAACCGGACCCUUGUUGCCCACAGGAACCGAAACCUUGUUGCCCACCAGAGCCGGAACCUUGCCAGAAGUCGGAACCAUGCUGCCCACGUAAACCAGAACUGUUCUGCCCAUUAGGGCCCGAAGCGUACUGUUCACAGGAUCCAGUACCGUGCUGCCCACCACCUAAACCUAAACCUAAGUGCUGCGCUCCCAGAAGGUCCAGCAAAACCAAAAUGGCCGAAGCCCGAGCUCGGCAUAACGCCACACAAGUUCGGGAUCGUGACAUCACGACCGGAUGGUUAGGAGGUCGACCUAAUCCAUAA